AUGUUUGUUGGUUGCUGGUGGCUUGUUGCCACUGCCUCCAAACUCAAUUAUCGCUCAUUUGUAUGUUUUUGUUGUCUGCCUGGUUGUGUCUGCCUAACUGUCUGUCUGUCUGUUUGUCUAUGUGUAUGUUUGUAUGCCUGCUUGGAUCUUUGUCUGUGUGUAUGCUGGUGGCUUGUAUGUUUCUGUUUUUUUUAUGUAUGUGUGUGUGUAUGUCUGUGUGUGUGUGUGUGUGUGUGUGCGUGUGUGUCUUGUCGAUGUGUAAUUGCCGAAUUCAAUCGAAUGUAUGUGUGUUUGUUUAUAUGUAUGUUUGUAUGCGUGUGUGUGUGUAUGUAUGUUUGUAUGCAUGUUUGUGCGUUUGUAUGA